AUGUUAGCAAAGUGUUUUAAUGCUUGGAUUUUGUUUCUGUUGUGUUUUGUCUUCGUUAAAUUUCACUGUCAAAUAUGUACAAAAAGAGUUGUAGUCACUCGAUUGCAACAACAAUCAUACCGACACACAUACAGAGAGACUUAUCGAGGACAAUGUUGGUACGGCUGCACUAAAACAAGGAUUAGAUCCUUUACUGAUAAUAGACUUAUACCAAGAAAAAUAGUUGAGACGCGUGAAAUUUGCUGCAAUGGAUACAUAGAUGUCAGUAAUACAUCAGAACGAAUUGAAUGUAAGCCCAUAUGUAUGCCGAGCUGCGUGAACAGUACCUGUCAAAUACCUGGAGUGUGUACUUGCUACGAUGGCUAUAAGCGCGAUGCAGUAAGUUCCCACAUUUGUAAGCCGACCUGCUCAAACGACUGUUUACAUGGAACUUGUGUAGCUCCGAAUGUUUGUCAAUGCAAUUUUGGAUAUAGAGAAAAAAACCAAACAUGUGAACCUAUAUGUACAGAAUAUUGUUAUAACGGAACAUGUGUUGCACCAGAUACCUGUGAAUGCCUACCAGGCUUUAGGUCAUCUGAAAAUAAUGAAUGCAAACCUUACUGCUUUAGUGGAUGUCCUAAUGGUGAAUGUAUCGGCCCUGAAAUCUGUAACUGUAAUACAGGCUGGUUAAAAAAUGAAACAAGUAAUUCAUGUGUUCCACAAUGCGAAAUUCCUUGUGGUAAUGGCACUUGCAUUUCCCCAAACAAAUGCGAAUGUUUUAACGGAUACGUAAUUGACCCAAAUUACAAUGAUACAUUGAAUUCAAUGCUUUGUGUUCCAAAGUGUAACAAUUGUGUAAAUGGUACAUGCAUAGCACCAGAUGAAUGCAUUUGUGAACCUCCUUUAAUAAGUAAAACUUUAACGAAUAGUGCUGAAGAAUGUGAUUGUGUGAACUCAAACACUUCUUUAAAGUGUGAAGGCACCAUAUGUGUUUUAGCAGAAACGAAGCCUUCCACGACGGCACCGUAUUCUACCACUGAAGAUUUAAUUACAAAUAAAUAUGAAUUUUACAGCGAAAAUGGUCCUUCUGAGUCUACAACUGAAUUAUCUGCAACGACCAUGUAUUUUAAUUUUUCCAAUGCAUCAUCAAAAGAAGUUUUGCUUUUAAAAUAUUUAUUACCUCAUGAAUCUGACAAAAAAAAUCUUACUACAUCUUCUACGGAAUCAUCAAUAUUUGUGGAAACAACGCACGAGAUACAUUAUUAUAAUAAUAACAUGAAUAUUACAAAAAAUUAUGUGUCUAUGAAAAACAAAAAUAAUAGUAAUUGGACUUCGAUGUGGAUUUAUGUACUGAUCGCUUUGUUUGUGCUAAUAGUUCUCCUUGUGAUAAUUGUUGUAGCUAAGAAGAAUUCUAUUGCAAUAUGGUUUAAAGGAGGCAGCUAUGAAGUACAAGAUAAUAAAUUCAAGAACAUUAGUUCACCUUCCCAAGCCGUAGACAUGAGUUACACGAACGUGAGAAAUAGAAAUAAAGUUGAAUGCAAGUAA